AUGGCGUUGGCCAUGAGGACGACAUAUAUACACAAGAUUGCUUGCGAGCGCCCCUUAGACAGAAAGGCUUCAGCUAAAGCAAGGCCCAGAAUUGGCGACCAGCUGAAGUUUCAGCGAUCAGAAGUAGAUCGCCUGGAACGAAUUUAUAAUGACCGGUUACUCUCGAGCAAUAAUAACAUUAAUGAUUUGCUAUUACCGGUAAAACCCAAAUUGCCAGGGGAUUUUUACGAAGGCAAACCAGUGAAAGUAGCGUACCAAGGAGCGCGCGGAUCGUACAGCCAUGAGGCGGCAGUUGAAGCAUUCAAGCGGUGCGAGGCACUUCCCUGCCCAGAAAAUAUGGACUCGGCCUUCGAAGCUCUGGAAAGCGGUGCUGCUGAUACAGCAGUGGUGGCGGUGGAAAAUUCUUUAGACGGUGUCGUAGGCAGAAACUACGAUCUGUUGUUGCGCCACCGGAAUAUACACAUCGUGGGGGAGGUGAUUCUGAAAGUUAAUCAUUGUCUAUUGGGGCUAAAUGGCAUAAAUGGCAUAAGACGGAUUCUCGGCCACCCGCAGGCGCUGAGUCACUGCCGCCGCCGGUUGCAGACUCUGAACGCCACCGUUGAGGCCGUCGAUUGUGCCCCCGAGGCGGCGCGUUUAGUGGUCGAGAGAGAAUGUUGUGACGUGGCAGUUAUUUGCAGCGGCGUUGCUGGGCGGGAAUUAGGGCUCCGUGUUUUGGAGCCGGCGAUGCAGGAUGAUGACGAUAACUUUACGCGGUUUCUUGUUCUUGCUAAACAUUUACAGGUGGCUUCUGAAGCCACCGGCAGAACUUGCAAAACAACGGUGGCGUUUUCUGUAGAAACUGCUUGUCUGUUUAAGGCUGUGGAGAUUUUCGAAAGGAGAGGGUUGAGAGUUGUGAAGAUCGAGAGCCGGCCGAGAAGGGAAAAGCCGAUGAGAGACGGCGUGGGAGGUUUCAAGUAUUUUGAGUACGUUUUUGUGGUGGAUUUGGAAGGAUCGGUUGCAGAUCCUGAAAUGCAAGGAGACUGCCGGGGAUUUUUACGAAGGCAAAGCAGGGAGCACGCAGGUCGUACUGCCAUGAGGCGACGCGCUUCCCUGCCCAUAAAAAUAUGUAAAAAAUUGAAGUAUGAUAGCGUCAAGAUUUAUUGA